CGCAGGGAUGUAGAGCAGCCCUGGAAGUGCCCUGGUGAGCACAGGUGAUUAUGAAUGGUGGCUCAGUAGCACUGGAGCGUGCCAGUGUUGAUGGGGUCAUGGGCUGCAGCCCCUUCCUCUGCUGGUGUGCUCAUAACUGAGGACUUUUCACAAACCCCUCUGUGAUGGCAUCUCACCCUUCCCCUGCUGCAACCCAAUGGGAAGAAAUAUCAUCAAGGCUUGCUGUCAGUGCCAAACACAGAUCCCAGACACCAAGCACGAUGGAAGAGAAGGGAGAAGACAUACAGGAGAAUGGAAAUGGACCAAAAGGAUUUAUCAGUGCAAGCAGUAAGCGUUGUACUGGUGUGAGUCAGGUGAGGUUGCAAAUGUCAACACAGAUAAUGUCGAGGCAGUGUGAGCAUCAGUACAGGCUAAUGAGCAGAAAAUACAUCCGGAGCUCCUCGGUGCUCUCACACCUUGGUCAGUUCAUUCAUUGUGUCUCUUCUGCCAGUACAGGUCACAACAGCUUGCUUAGCUGCUGUGUCUGAGGUUUUGGGAGAUGUCAAUAAGCUCCCAAUAGUCUGUGUGUCUUAUGAUCUGUUUUGUCAUUUAGAUUUGUGUCUACUGUAGUUAAUGAGUCAAAAAUUAUGAAAUAGUUAUCUAAUCCCAAUUUCCUACAAAGAUUACAUUUAAAAAAUCCUGUUACGAAUGGCUGAUUUUAUUGCUGAAGAGGACCAGGAUUCAGUAUUGUGGUUUGGUAGCACUGGAGCAUCUGUCUGCAAUGAUGAGACAGGUGAAAUUGCCAGUCAUUGUAGGACAGGUGAUACAAUCAUGCUGCCACAAGACAGAGAUAGCUUGAUUUGGCACAUCAACACGCUAUAAUUUUCCUCUGUGAUAUGUUUUGUUUCCUUUUAAAUGAUUUGCUCAAGGCUUCCCUUUCAGAGAUGAGUGCUGGCAAGUUGCAAUACCACAGAGAAGGGAAGGUCCAGAGCUGCAAGAGGAGUAAGGAACUUGGAAAAAUGCAACUGGUGUGGAAGAGCGAACAAGGACUGAUGCUGCUGCACAUGCAUAAUGACACAGAAAGCCUAGAGGAUAGUUUUACCACGCAGCUGACAGAUGGCAAGCGCACAGUCCAAGGGACACUUUACAUCUACAUCAUGCCAGUCAACGAUGAAAUCUCUCAUCUUUCCAGCAGUGAAGUCCUUCUGACAUCCUUUCACCAUAAAAUAGUCUAUCCUAAUGUUUUUGAGUGGCAUGGCAAGCCUAAACCCUGUCAAGAGCAUUUUGUUUGUUGGUCUGCGGAAGAAAGGGGAAGAAGCCUGGCCUGUGAGACUGGGAUGCAGGUGAUGUGGUUGCCCUUACUUCAUGACAGUAACACAUGUUUUGGCCUAAUUUGGGUUUCUACUCUUAAAAAUUCACAAGUUGAAAAAUAAAAUAAAUCCUGUGGACUUGCUGAAUCCUUGCAGAAAUUCCAG